AUUAUAUAUGUAAAACAAGUAAAAGGUUAUGUCGAAGUGAAUAACGAAGAACAAUCCAAUCGUUACUGAUAAGAAUAUUCAAAAUUGUGCGAGAGUAGUAUUUUUGUAUAGUAUCAUACGAAAUCAGUUAACGCUUAGAACGGACGCAAACUGUUUGUAUACCAAAUUCAAAGUGAUAAUACAGUGAAUUCAAAGAUUUUUCGCAUCAGAAACUGUUCGUGUGUGCAGUGUCCGCCAUUUUGCUUCCCUUACAUCUGACAUGUCUUUCUAAUGUUAUUAUCGAUGAAUGCUGAAAUUUGUGCGUGAAUCUUCAAUCUUGUUGGAGUGUAUCUUCCAAGAAAAAGGUCGGAUUGCUCCUGAUUGGACAACAACCUCCAUUACUAUUGGAAGUAAUUUACACUGUCCCAACCUCGGUUAAACUAAACGAAACAUUAAGUACAUAAAGGAAACAUCGUGAGAGUAUCCGUGAACAGUUUACCCUUGUUAAUGGGUGCAAAUAUGCGGCAAAACUCAUUUGAUGAGUUUUCCUGACUGUAUUGUUGAAACUUGAUUACAGUAUUUUGCACAGUGUCUUAUUGACUAUAUAAGGAGCGAACAUAACCAAACAGUGUUGAUAGCCAACAUCGUGUACUGAUGUCAACACUGAAAACAAAAAGCUUAUUAAUAUGGCUUUGACUUGCCAGAGAUUACUAGAACUCUUAGAGCUAAUAUUCAAUGUUUUGGUGUCUCAUACAAUGCAGUUACUCAAAGAUGUGUAGGAUAUGUUUGAUGUGAACUGCUAUGCGAGGCAAGGAUUGUUUUUAUCCUGAUCUAGCCAUGGACUAAGUUCACGCUAACUGCUUGAACCAGGAGACUUUAGUAAUUAUCUCAUACAUAUUAUGUAUAGAAAUAUAGGGAUAUAAACAUAGAGUGAUACAUAGCUUUAAUUGGUAUAGAUACUGACUGCUAAAGUAUUAUUUGCACUUUUAGACUAUAGAGUAAAUUUUAUUAUCAUUUAAAUAUACAAGUCUUUUGUAAGGCACUGUAACAAAAUUUGAUACUAGAUAAUAAAUAGCAAAUUUUAAUCUUUGUAUUAAAGCAAAAACCCAUGACACAACUAAGUUUUGUACAUAUGCACAUAAAUGUAAAUAAGAAAUAGCAGAGAGCAUGUUACAUUAAUGAUUUCAAAUAUAAAUAGUGCACAUGACUAUUUUAUAAUUUAUUAUAUUUUGUACAAAGAUUCAUUUUAUUAGAUAUAUUGCCUUAAAAAGUAUAAAUAUUAAUGUUUCUGAGGCAAAUGCAAAAUACCGAACUGUGAUAUAAAAUACAAUAAAAAUAAUUUUUUAUUUUUUUAUUCUCAGUAUUAUGAGUUGAAAAAAUAGUACUGUCCGGACUUGGAUCUUGGCACAUGGCGUGAACUAAGUUUUAUCUAGAUAGGAAGAAAGUCGAUUUGGCGGGUUUGAGAAUGCAGGUAGAACAGAAGACGAGAGAAACGGUAAUCAAUGAAGGUCCCUAUAUCCGAAAACUCAAACAUGGACAAUAAAUUGAAGUUUUCGGAUCGCUUGAAGGCUUUACUGAAAACUGAGGCUCGUCAAGAUGUCGAUCCAUACAUCUUCAGUGAACCAGAGCCAUUCACUACAGCAGGAGGGAGAAACGUUGCAAUAGUUUCACCUAAAAAUCCUAAAGUAAUGCAAAGUUGUAAAAAUAUUAAGUCUAAGGGAAAGUGUAUGAAACAAAGAAUAAGGAUAGCACCCAUACCAGAUGUGGAAUACAAAGCUGUACAAAAUCGUGCUAUAGAAUUAGAUGUCGACACUAGUGCUGGUGGUGGUGGUGGCGGCGGUAAUGGUGAUGGUGAAAACAUAGAUUAUAAAAUUGCAAAAGCAAUUCGACACAAACAACGCAUUGAGAAUUUACAACGCAAUCCUAUUGGGAAUUUACAAAAAUUAAAAUGUAGAAGGCAAAGUCGGGACCAUACCCUAUUGUAUUAUCCUAAGGCUGGAGAUGAGAUAUCGGAUAGUGAUUCCAGUGGGGAUGAAAUGACAGUCUAUCAACGCUAUUGGUUCUCAGGGGAAACUAGUACAGCUUUAAAUCGUUCUGCACGCCUUUCUCAAUUGCGUUCUCAACUAAGACGACGAUUAAUUCAAUUACAUAAAAGUGGAACAGACUCUGAAACAUUGUUGCGCGGUAGAGCUAGGUGUUUAUUGGAAGCUGCAUACAAAGAUCCUGCAACUACUGCAAGAGUUUUGAGUGAUUCUUCAAUUACUAGCAAAGUGGUAGAUGGCCCGCUUUUAGUUGGUGGACUUUGUGGAGCUGAAGGAUGUCAACAGAUAUCCUUACCCUGUACCCGUCAUUGUUCUCGUCACAUUAUGUUGAACGGAGAUCAACUUUUAUUUGAACAUUGCACUGCCAAGUUUAGUGAUAAUACACAAUGUUGUAUUCCUGUGUUUGAUGUUGCACAUGAAUUACCUCUUUGUCCAGAGCAUGCAAGGAAAAGGGAUAACUAUCAUCGUAAAGCCCAAGAGUCUAAACCAAAGAAAGCUCGUAAAAAACCAACAUCUCCAACAAUUCCUAGGCCUAAACCAAAAUCCAGGCCAAAGAAACGAAAGAGGCCUCCUACGACUAAACUUGAGACCAAGGGUUCUACCUUAGUACACGAAGAGAGCCAAUAUUUGAGUCAAAUAAACUCUAGUGAAAAUCAGAUAAAAACAUUGAACAAUUUGAAUACCGUAGCGCAGGGAAGUUCGCAUUCUUCUAAUUUAAAUCUAGGAUUAGGACUAGGUCUUGGAGGAGGACUUAAAGUGGAUCUAGGAGAUCAUGAAGUGUUUCCUUCUUUGGAUGCUGCAGAGCAUGAUUUUGGCAAUGUGCUCAACAAUUUACCAGCUGAUGCUUUUAAUGACUUGUUCAUUGAAAGCAGAAAUGGAGAAUAUGAACCAUCGAGAGAAGAAGAAGAGGAAUUAGAACGAGCAUUAGAGGCAGUAGAUAAGGAUGUACGGAAUUUGGAAAGAAUGGGGCAAACACAGGGACUUUUAGAGCCGGCAUUACUGGCUCAACUUAUGUCAGAUAUUGCUUCGUAGCCCCAUCUAUUUUAAUAAUAUAAUAAUUUGAAAACGAGUUCGCGUGUGUUCCUUAUAAUAUAGAAAGAAAUACUGUUUGUGUCUGUGCUGCUAAAUGUAAGAUUAUGUUAUUAACUUUCAUUACAUAGCUAUGGCAGGUCUAAGGUAAUAGCAGGGAUUGACAUACAGAAAGUAAAAAGAAAUAGUAAAGUUUGUUAAUUUAGUAUAAACAUCAUUGGGUACAACAUCAUAACAUAGCAAGAUUUAUACACAAUAGAUCGUAUUUCUUGUAAAUGAAGACAAUUUUUUCUGAUAA